AGAGUCCACGAAUAUAUAACUUUACGAUGACUGAACAACAUAGAUUUGGAAGCAUCAUUCAACCCAUAACAUGUCAUGCUUGGAAUAAAAACAGAACUCAAAUUGCUCUAUCUCCAAACAAUCAUGAAGUACAUAUUUACCAGCGGAGUGCUGCUGAAUGGAAACUUCUGGAUACCUUGAACCAACAUGACUUACGUGUAAUGGGAAUCGACUGGGCUCCAAAUACCAAUAGAAUCGUAACUUGUGCUGCAGAUCGCAAUGCGUACGUUUGGACUCAAGAUAAAGAUAAUAAGUGGAAGCCGACAUUGGUACUGUUAAGAAUAAAUAGAGCAGCCACGUGUGUGAAGUGGUCUCCAGAUGAAAAUAAAUUUGCUGUGGGAUCAGGAGCUCGCUUAAUCUCCGUAUGUUAUUUCGAGUCAGAAAAUGAUUGGUGGGUAUCAAAGCACAUCAAGAAACCUAUCAGAUCUACAGUGACUUGCCUGGAUUGGCAUCCUAACAAUGUACUGCUUGCAGCCGGAUCUUCUGAUUUCAAAGUCAGAGUUUUUUCUGCUUACAUUAAGGACAUUGAAAAGACUCCCGAGCCGACUGCAUGGGGUUCAAAAAUGCCUCUGGGGCAGUUAAUGGUUGAAUUUGUUAAUUCCAAUGCUGGAGGAGGUUGGGUUCACAGCCUUAGUUUUUCUCCAGAUGGAAACAAAAUUUGUUGGGUUUCCCAUGAUUCUUCAAUAAAUGUGGCAGAUGCAAGUAAGGGAAAUGCUGUUGAAAAACUUCGUACCGAGUUUUUACCAUUUCUUAGUUGCACUUGGAUUGGCAAUAAAUCAGUAGUUGCUGCUGGACAUAGCUGCAUUCCGAUUGUAUAUGGACUCAAAGAUAGUGGCCAGUUAGCCUUUACUGCGAAGUUAGAUGCUUCCCAGAAGAAGGAAAGCGGAGGAUUGUCAGCCAUGAGAAUGUUCCAUUCUUUGGACAAACAAGCCAGAAGUGAAACUUCUGAUACCAAUUUAGACUCGAUUCAUCAAAACGCCAUAACUUGCGUCUGCAUUUACACAGGAAAGAAAGAGAAAGCUUCGAAGAUUUCUACAUCUGGAGCCGACGGACAGUUGGUUAUUUGGGACUUGAAUUCCUUGGAAAGGUCUAUUCAAAAUCUAAUAAUUGAGUAAACGAAAAUGUUUCAAAAAACUACUUUGAAAUCAAAUUUUAAUUUUGUGUCUGUUAAGUUACUGAAUUCGAUUAAAUGGUAAAACUUU